GGGCCAGGGGACAGGGCGGCAGCGACUCCUGCAGCUCCUGAGGAGUGGAUCCGCUCGUGGCCACCACGAUGCCAGGAUCCGCCGGGGUCCUCGUCCUCCUGCUGCUGACCGGGGGCCUGGGGGGCGGCCGGGCGCAGCGGGCGCAGCAGCAGCGGCAGCCACAGGCGCAUCAGCAAAGAGGUUUAUUUCCUGCUGUCCUGAAUCUUGCUUCUAAUGCUCUCAUCACUACUAAUGCAACGUGUGGAGAAAAAGGACCUGAAAUGUAUUGCAAAUUGGUAGAACAUGUCCCUGGGCAGCCCGUGAGGAACCCCCAAUGUCGAAUCUGCAAUCAAAACAGCAGCAAUCCAUACCAGAGACACCCGAUCACAAAUGCUAUUGAUGGAAAGAACACUUGGUGGCAGAGUCCCAGUAUUAAGAAUGGAAUAGAAUACCAUUAUGUGACAAUUACACUGGAUUUACAGCAGGUGUUCCAGAUUGCCUAUGUGAUUGUGAAAGCAGCUAACUCCCCUCGGCCUGGAAACUGGAUUUUGGAACGCUCUCUUGAUGAUGUUGAGUACAAGCCCUGGCAGUAUCAUGCUGUGACAGACACAGAGUGCCUCACCCUCUACAAUAUUUAUCCCCGCACUGGACCCCCAUCAUAUGCCAAAGAUGAUGAGGUCAUCUGCACUUCAUUUUAUUCCAAGAUACACCCCUUAGAAAAUGGAGAGAUUCACAUCUCUCUCAUCAAUGGGAGACCAAGUGCUGACGACCCUUCUCCUGAACUGCUGGAAUUUACCUCUGCUCGCUAUAUUCGCCUGAGAUUUCAGAGGAUCCGCACCCUGAAUGCCGACUUGAUGAUGUUUGCUCACAAAGACCCAAGAGAAAUUGACCCCAUUGUCACGAGAAGAUAUUACUACUCGGUCAAGGAUAUUUCGGUCGGAGGGAUGUGCAUAUGCUAUGGUCAUGCCAGGGCUUGUCCACUUGAUCCAGCGACAAAUAAAUCUCGCUGUGAGUGUGAGCAUAACACAUGUGGCGAUAGCUGUGAUCAGUGCUGUCCAGGAUUCCAUCAGAAACCUUGGAGAGCUGGGACUUUUCUGACUAAAACUGAGUGUGAAGCAUGCAACUGUCAUGGAAAAGCUGAAGAAUGCUAUUAUGAUGAAAAUGUUGCCAGAAGAAAUCUGAGUUUAAAUAUACAUGGAAAGUACAUCGGAGGGGGUGUGUGCAUUAAUUGUACCCAAAAUACUGCUGGUAUAAACUGUGAGACAUGCCUUGAUGGAUUCUUCAGACCCAAAGGGGUAUCUCCAAAUUACCCAAGACCGUGCCAGCCGUGUCAUUGUGAUCCGGUCGGUUCCUUAAAUGAAGUCUGUGUAAAGGAUGAGAAACGAGCCCGACGAGGUCUGGCACCUGGAUCCUGUCAUUGCAAAACUGGCUUUGGAGGAGUGAGCUGUGAUCGGUGUGCCAGGGGCUACAUGGGCUACCCAGACUGCAAGCCCUGCAACUGCAGUGGCUUAGGGAGCACAAAUGAGGACCCUUGUUUUGGGCCCUGUAACUGCAAGGUACAUUGUUUAUUCCAGUAAUGCCCCACUGUCAACAGAGAAGGUUAUUUUCCUUGGCUUCUCUUAUAUCUGCUGGCAUUAAGCAAUUGUAACAAGUUCUCCUGUAAAUAUCCACCAUCUGUUCUGUAUGUGGUACACCUAUAAGCAUCUUUCAAUGCCUACCAG